AUGAUGUGUGGGUAUUGGGACAGACAGCUGCUCGGUUAUGGCUUCAGAGACAAAGGGGGCUGUAAAAGAGUUAUCAAAAAAGCUGUACAUGCCAAACGUUACCCAUGCAGCAAUCAUGUUCUUAAUAACUCGUUAGCUAUGUCAUCUAAAGUAACUUCUUGCCAUAAUACUUCAAGCACAAUGAGAAAAGUUGUGGCAUUUGCCAAUGCUUCCGCUAAGAGGCAUCAAAUUUUUGAAAGAGAGCUUGGAACUACAAUGCAGGGUAUCUGUGAGACGCGUUGGGUUGAACGGCAUGAUGGCCAACUACAAUUUCAAGGUGACAACUUAGUUAAAAUUUGUAGCGCUCUAGAAAAGAUUUCUACUUGCACAACUGUAUCCCUGAGCAGAGUAUUCCAAAUGAGCUCGAUUGAUUUAAAGAGGGCUACAGAUGCUAUAAACGACACAAUUAGUGUUCUGAGACAAAAAAGGGAACAAGUAAACACAGUGUUUCAACGACUUUUUGAUGAAGCAAAAGAAUUGGCCGAGCAACUUGACGUUGAAAUAAAAUGCCCCAGAUUAGUAUCAAGACAAGUACAUAUAGAGCUAAUAAUCAGUCGAGGAGUAUUUUCGCAGGAGCGUCUACAUCCCUCUUCUGGACUCAUAAAUGAUCUGCAAGAGCGGUUAUCUCCAUAG